AUGGUUGGGAACUGGCGCGCAGUGGGUCCAGAUCCCAACCCUCGACCGCCCGCCAUGUGUCGUCAUCAUCCGCGAUUUUGUGUGGUGGGCGUUCCUUGUUGGCAGAUUCGCCAGGCUGCUGAGCUGGUGAUUCGCCCACCUGUCCCCUCUCCUCCGGGUUGCUUCCCUCUUCUCCUCGUCGUCCGCCCCGUCGGCGUCUGCCCUCUUUCACAGCAGGUACCCCAUCCUCAGCCUCCACAGACACUUCUUCGGAUUCGGCCUCCUCUUCUUCCAUAUAGUCAGACUCCCCUUCCCCAGCAUCGUCAUUCAUUGGCUCUCUGUUCUGGUCUUCUGGCCUACCGUGCCAUUCCCGCCAGUUUCUGGAUCUGGCCUUCUCCCGUGCUACGGCUCUCGCCAACUCCCCCACGCGUCCCCCUCUGCCCCGGCCCCUCCCGCGUCCCCUCGCGGCCGUGCUUCCCGCCGCGUUUCGCGGUCGUUGGCUUCUUGUUCUGUCUUCAGCCUGCUCGCGUAAGGCCCUCUGCCUGCUGGUUUCAUUCAUCUGCCUCUGCCACACCGCCGCCAGAGCGGCCGCCCUCUCCUCGGUCUGAUCUGCAGCAUCGUUUUCAUCCCCCCCGGCUCUCUGUGUGUGCAGGUGGCGUUGUGAUGACGGGCAAUCAACGGUCCUCCUCUCGGUCGGCUCGCUCGACCGGUCCCCCUAUCGCUCCCAACCGUUCGAAGGGCCAAGACGGGCUGGCGCCAGCCCUGCUCCGAGCCGCCGCUGUGCUGGUCGAGCACGAGGGGGCCGGGGCGCCCACCCGGCGUCGUGAGCCGAUAUAUCACUCUCCCCGUGGGCGGACUCUCCCCCACCUCCGCGCACAUGGCGGUUCGUUCCGCCGCCGCCGUCCGCCUCGCCCGUCUCCCGCUGUCCAGCGGGAGAUUGUGGGCCCACUCCUUCGACCGCCGCCGUCAUUCUUGCGCCCGAGUGCAUCGACUGCGCCGUCGCAGUCAGUGUCUCUCCAGACAUCGCAGCAGCUGUCAUCUGGCGUUGCUGCGCCCCCUCAUCGGCUGUCGCCGGUUCCCCUUGCGCCAUUGGACCCGCUCCCGUCUCCGCCGUGCUCCUCCCCUCCGCCUCCUCCUCUGGCGCAUCCUCCCCUGCCGUCGUCGGCCGGGGCACCCCUCGUGCCCCCCCCUCCUUCUCCACCAGGUCCCCGUGCAUCUCUUCCCCCCGUGGAGCCUCCGCAGGGGCAGCAUCCUCUCGUUCCAUCUGGGCCCGCUCCCGAAGCUCGUUUUCCUCCUCGCUCCCGAUCUCCUGAGCUUCCUCCCGACGCUCCUGACCCCGAGGACGACGGGUGUUGGUGGAAUGGUGUUGUUCGCGAGGCGGCGGCGCAGGGUCUUUGGCGCCUCCUUCAUUUUCCCCUGGAGUCCAAGUUCCCCGAUCAGAACAAGGGCCCUGGCGCACGGGCUUUCCGGCAGGUCGCCAAGGCUGCCGAGGAGUCUCCCCUCCAGCUCGUGCCCUUGCUCGCAGUUCUCUUGCGCUGGAUCUGCCGGCGGUUUUACAUGCUGAACCGCGUGUAG